AGAAAUGUUCUCCAAGCAGCGAAAUCAGAAGCUUUUCAUGCGCUCUGACUCCCACGCUACUCGUGCCCAGAAGGUGUUCGCGCUUGACUACUGCGCGGCCUCCUUUGUGACUGAGGGUGAGGUCAAGUACUGCAUCGCCAAGCUCUUCUCCGGCGAUGUCAAGUUUGCCACCGCCUUGGAUUAUUAAGCUGCCACUUUAGCAAUGCUGGGUAGAUAGAAGUCACAUUGUUUAACAAGAUUAAAACGUCUUCACAGGAU